CCCAGGCGCAGGACCCGCGACGCCGUGGCUCUUGCACACUCUGCUCCCGGCUGCGUGCUCCACCGGAGCUGGGGCGGGACCCCACGUCGGAUUUGGAUUUAGCGGCGGAGGCUUGGCGCCCGCGAGGCUCAUAAGGGCGUUCCACCGCACCUGGACCUGUGAGCGCCUCCUGGAAGUGAAGUUGUGGCAUCCUGCACGCAGCCUGGCAGCCUUGACUCAGGGAGCUUUGAGGCAGUUGCGGACGGGCAUGACGCUUGGGUUCCCGGGGGACACCUGCCAGUCAGCCCUGGCGGAGUCUCAGCAGCGCUCAGGACAGUCCUUUGAGAAGGGCGAGAACAGCGACAUGAAGAGGAAGAGACAGCCGCCCAGAGAGCUCAGCGCCUGGGACCACCCUCGCGGCCUGGUUGGUUUACACAACAUUGGACAGACCUGUUGCCUUAACUCCUUGAUUCAUGUGCUCACAAUGAACAUGGACUUCACCAAGAUACUGAAGAGGAUAACAGUGCCGAAGGUCUCAGAAGAGCAGAGGAGAAGCGUCCCCUUCCAGCUGCUGCUGCUGCUGGAGAAGAUGCAGGACGGCCGGCAGAGGGCGGUGCGGCCCACGGAGCUGGCCAGCUGCCUGCAGAAGAACAACGUGCCACUGUUUGUCCAGCACGAUGCUGCUCAGCUCUACCUUACCGUCUGGAACCUAAUCAAGGACCAAAUCACGGACGUGGAUUUGGCAGAGAGGCUGCAGGACUUGUACACCAUCCGGGUGAAAGAGACCUUGGUAUGCCUAGAUUGCUCCGUGGAAAGCAGCAGAGAUAGUAGCUUGCUGACCCUCCCUGUUUCUCUUUUUGAUACGGAUUCAAAACCCCUUAGAACACUGGAGGAUGCCCUGCGCCAUUUCUUCCAGUCCAGGGAGCUAUGCAAGAAAAGCAAAUGCUUCUGUCAGAACUGUGGGCAGAAGACACACAGGAAACAGGCCUUGAAGCUGACCCGUUUGCCCCAGACUUUGACCAUCCACCUCAUGCGGUUCUCCAUCAAGAAUUCAAGGACAGAAAAGGUCUGCCAUUCGCUGUAUUUCCCCGAGAGCUUGGAUUUCAGCCAGGUUCUUCCUAGCGAGCAGCACACAGGUGAAGCAGAGGAGCAGGAUGAGGGACAGUAUGAACUCUUUGCUGUGAUCGCCCACACGGGGAUGGCUGACUUCGGCCAUUACUGCGCCUAUAUCCGGAAUCCCGUGGAUGGAAAAUGGUUCUGCUUCAAUGACUCCCAUGUUUGCUGGGUGUCCUGGAAGGACAUCCAAUGCACCUACGGAAAUCACAACUACCGCUGGCAGGAAACUGCGUAUCUUCUGGUUUACAUGAAGAUGGAGUCCUGAUGGAUACACUCUAAACCUUGGGAGACUGACAAACUGGUGUUUUCCUUUUCUGUUUCCUGGAUCUGGUAGAUUCUUCCAAGAGAUUCUGCAGUGAGACGAAGCAUAAUUUUCUGCUGUAUAAUUAAACCUUGUGCACAACUGUGAGUGACCAUUGCUAUGCUUUGGAUGCAGCCCAUGUGUGGCAGGUGGGGUCUCCAGCAUGGCAGUGAGGGGCUGGUAGAAGCUCGAAGAGGCAAAGCCUGGUAGGAAGUAACAAGGUGCGUGGGAUUGGCCCAUCUGUACCCUGGUGGUACCCUUCCCAUUUCUCAGUCACAUUUUGAUGAAGUGGGAAGGGCUCUUGCCAAGAUGCCAGCGCCAUGCUGGGUGGAUCCUCCAGCCACCAGAAUUGUGAACCAAAUAAACUUCUUUACUUUACAAAGUA